GGGCGCUGAAUCACAAUUAUCAUGAUUUAGAAUAAAUACAGAGACCCCAGGGCAUAAAUUCCAUUUAAAAUAUUUGUAAUUGCUUGCUCGCAAGUCCAAUCUCGACAUUUCAAGUAUUAAGUCAUUAUAUCAACGAAACUGGUUCUCCUCCUCCUGCACUGUCUGAGUGAGCAAAACCCUGCUCAACUGUUCCAAUACCACCGCCUGACAGACAGACAGACCGACAGACAGACAGUUGUCCCUGAUCUCAGACCAUGGCCGACUCCGUACUUAAUCCCGUGGCUGCUCCCCGCACCCUAUCCCCCCGCCCGGCUGGAUCCACCCAGAGUGGCGGUUCGCUCCCCGAUGAAGCCACGACAGCCAAGUAUGCGGGCGCCAUCCUGGUGAAUGCCCGCCAACGCGGCAAUCCCAUCCUAAAGAGCCUGCGAGGCGUGCCGUGGGAGUUCAGCGAUCAAGUGUCGCCGGACUUUGUCCUCGGGACGCGCGCUUGCGCCAUGUUCCUGAGCGUGCGCUACCACACCCUCAAUCCCAACUACAUUCACGACCGGCUCAAGGCCUUGGGCGCGGGCUGGGCUCUGCGGGUGCUGCUGGUUCAGGUGGACGUGAAAGAGCCGCACAAUGUGCUCAAGCAGCUCAUGCGCAUCAGCAUCUUGGCUGAGCUCACCCUGAUGUUGGCCUGGAGCGCCGAGGAAGCCGGACAGAUCUUGGAGACCUACAAACAGUUCGAAAAUAAACCCCCGGACUUGAUCAUGGAGAAGAAUAACCCGGAUACCUACUCUAAGAUCGUCGAGGCGCUGACAUCAGUCAAAUCCGUGAAUAAGAGUGAUGCGGCCACGCUCUUAAACGCUUUCGGCACACUCGAGAAUAUGACGCGAGCGUCGAUCGAGGAUCUCAGUCUAUGUCCCGGAUUCGGUCCCCAGAAAGCCCAAAGACUCCAUAAGGUUCUAAAUGAGUCAUUCCGUCGACUACCCACCACAACCCUGCCCAUUGACCCGCCUCAAAUCACGGCCGAGAAUUAA